AUGGCAAAGAGACGGAGCAAUGGAGGACACCCUGCCUGUGCUAUUGGCAACAUCAGAGCUAUUUCUGAGAUCCUCACAGUGGACAAUUUCAUGACCUCGUUUCCCGAGUCCAUCGCUGACGUUAUCUGCAGAAGUGCGAGGAGGGUUGCUGUCAGCCCCUGGGCUUUGGGUUUGCCGGUGGUGUCUGUGGCCACCUACUGCCUCGGGCCACUUUCUGAGGUGGUGAUCACGUCGUGUGACUGGAAGACGAGAGUUCUAAACUGGAGCAUUGCUGUGUCGUCUAGCGGUGGAGGCAAAACACAAGCCUACAACAAGGUCCAGAAAGCGGUGACCUCUUUUGAAGAGCAGAUUAACGACGAAGUCAAGGAAAGGAUGAUCAGCUACCUCGAAGAAAACAAGGUCCCAGUAGGAACUGAAGCCUACGAAGACGAGAUGCGCAAUGCAGGAUUCGUAAAGGUCGCAGUUGAUGGCGCGGUUACGUUUGAGAGGCUGUUCAACAUCUUGCUGAGCAACAAGGACCACUCGGGGCUUCUAAAUCUGGAAGAAGGGAUGCAGUUCUUUGAAUCACUAGACUGCUUCAAAAAGGGGAACGCUGACCGCAUCACGGCUCUAAAGCUUCGGGGUGGAGGAGCGUGGACGCGAGAGACGGUCAGCGAAAAAGACAAGAGGAGCUGUGAACUGACGCAUCUGGUUGUCUGUGGAUACACGCAGCCAGAUCCGAUCGCGCGUGAAAUCGAGAAAGUUCCCAACGACGGCCUGAUGAACAGGUGGACCAUCUGCUUCUUGCCGCAGCUCUAUCCAAAAUUUGACGCGCUGCGGAUUCCUGUGAACGAGCAAAACACCAUCAAGGACGACGACAACCGGUUGACAGAGAUCUUCUACCGCCUAUACAAGCUCGCCCACGACGAAGACGGCACUGCCAGGAAGGUGACUUGGAUUCUGGACGGGGACGCCGAGCUGGCCUUCGAAAAAGAACACGACCGCAUCCAAACGGUCCUGCAGUCUCUGUACGACCAGGACCAGGGAGAGAAGGGUGGGUUCCUGUCCAAAGCCAAAGGAGACGCUCUCGCCAUUGCGGGGGCGUACGAAGCAAUCAUGACUAUCUGCGACCCAAACUGUCCCAGCAACCUGAGCGUCGGAAACGUGUACAAGAUCUCAGAGAACUCGGUGGCUGCGUCUUGGGGCUACAUCCUUCUUUUGCUCCGCCAACGGGUGCACUUUGAGAACGACCCGGUCGUGUCAAAGAUCGUCAGCAAGGUUCUCGACUGGCAAAAUCCCUACGAAGAAGAUGGCGACGACAAGAGCUGGGAGCAAAAGGACGACGACAAGUUCAGCCUGAGCGUGCUGGAGAAGCGCGCUGUGAAGCUCUUCGACGACUUCAAGGACGCCAAGACCAUCGCCCGAGGAGAAGCGAGCAGAAAGAGGAAGUACGGUUCGAUCCAGCAGAUUGACGAGCUCUUCAGCUUUCUGAGCUCGGAGGACGACGGCGGCUCCCACUGCUUCGGAUCAUGCAAACGCGCCAAGAAAUACCCAUUCAAGAAGAAGCAGCCAGUGUUCUUCAAGGAGAUUCCAGAGGAAGGAAGCCAGUCGUACGUGGAGAUCGUGAACAAGCUAACCAAGCUGGGCCUUAAAUUCAAGGACUUCUACAACCGGGAAUCGCAAGUCGUAGAAAGGCUGACCGACGUGAUAGAGGACGCCGAGAUGGAAGACGACGAAGACGAUAACGAAGGAGAGGAGAAUGACAUGGAGUGA